GAGCAUCUAAAUCCAAUCCCACAAAAGCAAAGCAGAGCAGAAACCCUAAAACAACAGCCCCGAUCCAAGAACCCAAAGAAACAGAGAGGAAGAGCAUCAGGAGGACGAUGGAUGCCUCCAAGGUCCGCGAACUUCGGGAGUUCGUGGAGGCGUGCAAGAAGGACCCUUCCCUCCUCGCCGACCCCGACCUCGCCUUCUUCCGGGAUUACCUCCUCAGCUUGGGUGCCAAGAUCCCCGCCGCCUCCGCCUCCACCUUCGACAAGCCCAAGAGAUCUUCCAUGGAUGACAUUGACGAUGAAGAUGAUGAAGUUCUGGAUAUGAGGGAUGCCACUCCUGAGCCAGAUGAGCUCGAUGAAGAGAUUGUUGAGUCUGAUCUUGAGCUUGAAGGUGACAUUGUACAAUCUGACCAUGAUGACCCUCCACAGAAGAUGGGAGAUCGUUCAGUUGAGGUGACGGAAGAAAAUCGUGAUGCCUCACAAGAAGCAAAAGGCAAGGCUAUGGAAGCAAUGUCAGAAGGGAAGCUUGAAGAUGCUGUUGAACAUCUUACCGAAGCAAUACUGCUGAAUCCGCUCUCAGCAAUCAUGUAUGGUACUAGAGCAUCUGUGUUUAUAAAAAUGAAGAAACCACUUGCUGCCAUUCGUGAUGCAAAUGCUGCUCUAGAGAUUAACCCAGACUCUGCAAAAGGCUAUAAAACUCGUGGAAUGGCUUAUGCCAUGCUUGGAAAAUGGGAGGAAGCUGCUCGUGAUCUGCACACAGCAUCAAACAUGGAUUAUGAUGAGGAGAUCAAUGCUGUGGUCAAGAAGGUGGAACCUAAUGUACACAAGAUAAUGGAACAUCGUAGGAAGUAUGAGCGGCUGAGAAAAGAGAGGGAAGAAAAGAGAGCUGAGCGUGAUCGGCUUCGUCGACGGGCAGAGGCACAGGCUGCUUAUGACAAGGCAAAGAAGAAGGAGCAAUCGUCAAGUCGCUCAUCAGGAGGCGCGUCUCCCAGGGGCUUCCCAGGAGGGAUGCCCGGUGGAGGUUUCCCUGGAGGGAUGCCUGGUGGCUUUCCUGGGGGUGCUAUGCCUGGUGGCUUUCCUGGGGGUGCUAAGCCUGGUGGCUUCCCAGGGGGUACUAUGCCCGGGGGUUUCCCUGGCGGUGCCAUGCCCGGGGGUUUCCCUGGGGGUGCCAUGCCCGGGGGUUUCCCUGGGGGUGCCAUGCCCGGGGGUGCCAUGCCCGGGGGUGUUCCUGGCAACGUCGAUAUGAGUAAAAUCCUGGACGACCCUGAUCUGAUGGCAGCAUUCAGUGACCCAGAGGUCAUGGCGGCUCUUCAAGAUGUGAUGAACAAUCCUGCCAGCUUCGCUCGGCACCAAGCCAAUCCGAAGGUGGGCCCUAUCAUAGCAAAGAUGAUGGGGAAGUUCAAUGCGUCGCAGUGAACGAUGUGAGCUCGUUUGCUACUUGAUGGUAGUGUCAGGUUUUGUGAGUAGCAAAAGCUUGCUGGACUGGAGGUGUUUCUUUUUGUGCAUCUGGAGGUGCACAGCUUGUGAAAACAUCCAUCAAUAGGUGGGGGUUUUUUUUUUGGAACCUUGCAGAAAGAUGUUUUAAUCGGUGGGGAUACUUCUGUUAGAACCUACAUACCACCAGUUAUUGAUUCGGAGAUGUGACGGUUAAGGCCAGUUCUGCUUCAUUGUUCUUCUACUUGUGUGCUAUUUACCUGUUAUGCUGAAGUAUGACUUGUUUA